AAACCAACUUACUUCAUCUUGUUGUAUUCACGAGUGCGGUGUAGAAAAGCAUUUUGUUUCAAUUAAAUGUUCUAGAAUAUCAAUUUAGAAAGCAAAAUGGUAUCCCUUAAUCCUGUGAGAAUCUUGAAAAAUGAGGCUGCUGAAGAAAAAGCAGAAAUUGCUCGCUUAUCCAGUUUUAUUGGAGCAAUUGCAAUCGGUGACUUGGUUAAGAGUACCUUGGGACCUAAGGGUAUGGAUAAAAUACUAGUUGCUCAUGGAAGGAAUUCAGGACAAGUUGAAGUCACUAAUGAUGGGGCCACUAUUCUUAAAGCUGUAGGAGUUGAUAAUCCUGCCGCCAAAAUCUUAGUUGAUAUGUCUAGGGUACAAGAUAAUGAAGUGGGUGAUGGCACUACCUCAGUUACAGUACUUGCAUCUGAACUGCUUCGUGAAGCUGAAAAACUCAUUGAACAGAAAAUUCAUCCCCAAAUUAUCAUCUCUGGAUGGCGUAGUGCUGUAGAAGUAGCCCGCAAAGCUUUAGAAGAUGCUGCUUCAGAUAAUUCUACAAAUGAAGCUUUGUUCAAAGAAGAUCUGUUAAAUAUUGCCCGCACAACUUUGAGCUCAAAGAUCUUGUGCCAGCAUAAGGAGUACUUUUCAAAACUGGCUGUAGAUGCAAUAUUACGUCUUAAAGGCUCUGGUGAUUUAGCUGCUAUUCAAAUAAUUAAGAAAAAGGGAGGUUGUUUAGAAGACUCAUUUUUAGAUGAAGGAUUUUUGUUGGACAAAAAGGUGGGUCAACAUCAACCCAAACGCAUUGAAAAUGCAAAAAUCCUCAUUGCCAAUACUCCUAUGGACACAGAUAAAAUAAAAGUAUUCGGGUCUGCAAUUAAAGUAGAUUCAAUGGCCAAGAUUGCAGAUUUGGAAAUGGCAGAAAAGGAAAAAAUGAAAAACAAAGUGGAGAAGAUUCUUAAACAUAAUGCAAAUGUGUUCAUCAAUAGACAAUUGAUCUACAAUUAUCCUGAGCAAUUGUUUGCUGAUGCCGGAGUUAUGGCUAUUGAGCAUGCUGAUUUUGAUGGCAUUGAAAGAUUGGCUCUUGUUACCGGUGGUGAAAUUGUAUCUACUUUUGACCAGCCUGGGCUUGUUAAAUUGGGUACAUGCAAACUUAUUGAACAGGUUAUGAUUGGUGAAGACAGUUUACUCCGGUUCAGUGGUGUUCCAUUGGGAGAAGCUUGUACUGUAGUUAUUCGUGGUGCUACUCAGCAAAUCAUUGAUGAAGCUGAAAGAUCUCUUCACGAUGCUUUGUGUGUGCUUGCUGCUACUGUCAAAGAAUCCAGGACAGUUUAUGGAGGAGGUUGUAGCGAGAUGCUGAUGGCCUGUGCUGUUAUGCAAGCUGCAGCUCGGACUCCUGGUAAAGAAGCUGUUGCAAUGGAGGCUUUUGCAAGAGCUUUGCAGCAACUCCCCACGACAAUUGCUGAUAAUGCAGGAUAUGAUAGUGCACAAUUAGUGUCUGAAUUAAGAGCAGCCCAUUGCCAAGGAGAUUCCUCCACUGGAUUGAAUAUGGACUUGGGUAAAUUAGGCUGCAUGAAGGCAUUAGGCAUCACAGAAUCCUAUGUUGUAAAACGUCAAGUUUUGCUAUCAGCUGCUGAAGCUGCAGAGAUGAUUCUGAGAGUUGACAAUAUUAUGAAGGCUGCACCAAGGAAACGUGUUCCUGACCGUGGACACUGUUAGAUUCUAGAUUUAAGUUAUUUUUGGAGCUGAUUUUGGAUCCUACUGCGCACUUUUAAAUCAUCUGAAGUAUUUAAAUCAAUCAUUUCACAUCAAGCUUAAUUUGUUAUAUUAGUAUUGAUUCUAUGUAUGCAUUCUGUUGAGAUUUUUUAUAUAAGAAUUAUAAAGUAAC